UUUGCCUUUGUUUCCCCCUCAAGAUAAAAAAGAGAGCAACAAACACUUUCCGUCUAAAUUGUGUAUCCUCUCAUUCUCUUUCCCUCUCUUGAUUCUCAAUCCGUUUUUCUCAUAAUUCUUAUUUUAUCUUUUCAACAUUCUCUAGCUAAAAAUGCCUUUAGAGUCUGUUGUAUACCCGCAAGAUUCACUCGGUUACCCCUCCACUUGCAAAUAUUUCAUGUUCCACGAUCUGUACUAUCAAGAAGAGGUAGUAGUAGCUCGAGACACGGAGGAAGAUCGUCAAUGGCGAGACUAUCAUCAAUACCCUUUACUCCCUUCGUUGGAAGAAGAACUUGGUCUUCCCGCCAUCGAUAUGGAGAGUCCUCCUCCUCUGCAGCAGAGGAGGAAGAGGAGGAGAACUAGAAGCAACAAGAACGUGGAAGAUAUUGAGAACCAGAGAAUGACUCACAUCGCUGUCGAGAGAAAUCGCCGUAAACAGAUGAACGAGUACCUAGCCGUGCUCCGUUCUCUAAUGCCUUCCUCUUAUGCUCAAAGGGGAGAUCAAGCAUCGAUAGUAGGAGGAGCCAUUAACUACGUUAAGAAAUUGGAGCACAUCUUACAAUCUAUGGAGCCUAAUAGGACCACGACCAUACCUCACGAAGCUAACACUAGCACUAGCUCGUUAGUGGAUCCCUUCUCGGAUUUCUUCUCUUUCCCUCAAUACUCGACAAAGUCAUCAUCAAUAACGGAAGGCUCAUCUUCACCGGCGGAGAUAGAAGUGACGGUGGCAGAAGGCCACGCGAACAUCAAGAUAAUGGCUAAGAAGAAGCCAAAGCAGCUUCUUAAGCUUGUAGCUUCGAUACAGAGCCUAAGACUCGCUCUUCUUCAUCUCAAUGUCACCACUCUGGACAACUCGAUUCUCUACUCCAUCAGCGUCAAGGUCGAAGAAGGGAGCCAACUGACCACCGUGGACGACAUUGCAACAGCUUUGAAUAAAAUCAUGCGAAGGAUUCAAGAAGAGUCGUAAUGAUUUAGCUUAAAUUAUUUAGUUUCCAAUGUUUCUUUUUUCAUUAAAUGUAUUUAGAAGUUGCAUUUUUGUCUCCUGUAAAUCUGUAAUCAAUCAGUUGUCUUUAGCCUGUAUUCUAUGUCAUAUGUAUUUGUAAAAAAGGGUUGAAGUUUCUUAUAAAUGGUUUAUAAGUCGACA